AUGUUUUACGCGCAAAUUUUCCUAAUCAAGAAAGGGCCUCUGGCGAAGAUAUGGCUGGCCGCUCAUUGGGAGAAGAAGUUGACGAAGUCACAAAUUUUCGAGACGGACAUUGAGAACAGCGUGGAGGCCAUUGUUCGGCCCCAGGUGAGAUUAGCCUUGAGAACAUCUGGUCACCUUUUGUUGGGCAUAGUUCGGAUCCACAACCGAAAGGCCCGCUACCUCCUGAGUGACUGCACCGAGGCCGUUAUGAAAAUCAAGAUGGCAUUCAGGCCGGGAAAAGUUGAGCAGGCGAGUUUUGUCACUACAGCCCCACAGUCGGCCAUCACUUUCCCUGAAAUGAUGCCGGAAGAUUUGGAGUGCGCUGCUCUUAUGCUCGUUGAUGAUUUUGGGUUUGUUAUUAUUAUUACUAUGUAUUCUAUUAUAUUUGUUUUUUAUUUAAUUUUUUAA